GAAGAGGUUAUCGUUAGUUGAUUAUUCAGUUACAACCACUUUUGGCUCUGUUGCAGACUCACAAAGCUAUUCUCCACGGAGUCAGAGAAGCUCUUGUUUCCAAGUCGUGCUUUCCAAAAUAUAUAUCAGAAUAAACUUCCGGAUUAUUUUCCCAUUUGAGCCAAGACUUUUUACGCGUGAUUCACUUAUAUAUAAAAUACACAAAUAAACAUGGAAGCGUGCAAGAAGAAAAUGAAUGCCUUAGUCGCAGAUCGGGUAAAUGCUCUGGAAAAAGCCGAGGAACUGGAAUUAAGGCUAAAGCAGGUUGAAGAAGAACGCGAUAAAAUUCAAGACGAUUAUAUGUUUUUACAGAAAAAGUAUGGAACUCUGGAGAAAGAGAACGAUGAUUUGAACGAAAGUUUAGCUAAAUACCAGCUGGUGGAAGAAGACAAAAAGAAAGUUGAUGAGGAAUUGGUGUGGAUGCACAAGAAGUAUAGUAAUUUACAAAGAGAAUUUGAUGAAGUAUCUGUCCAAUUAGAUAAAGCACAGGACAUGAUGAGAUAUACAGAAGAGAAAUUAUCGGAGACAGAGAGCGAAACACAAGAUUUAAACCGAAAAAUCAAUCUUUUAGAAUUAGAUCUUACCCGAUCUGAAAGUCAAGUGGAAGAGAAAAGAGUGCAAGCCGAAGAGGAUUCCGAGAAGCUCCAGUCUGCCGAGAAUCGGGCAUUGACAGCUGAGCGAAAUGUCCAAAAACUUGAGAAUGAUAUCGAAAAGCUCACGAAAGAGCUCGAAGUAGAACAGAAAAAAUUCAAAACUUUGUGCGAAGAUUUGGAUGAAGCGUGCUCCCAAAUGAUGGAUUAUGUUAAUACCCAAUUAUUGUAUCUUGUACUGGUUCGUAUUACAUUUUCUUAUGACACUCAAAUCUUACGCUACACAAUUCAAGCAGCUUUUAUUAUUAUUGUUAGUGUAAACAUGGAAGCGUGCAAGAAAAAAAUGAAUGCUUUGAUUCUGGAGCGAGUAAACGCUUUGGAAAAAGCUGAAGACAUUUCGAACAAAUACCAACAGUUGGAAGAAGAGAAAAAGAAAGUUGAUGACGAACUGGCGUGGCUUCAGAAGAAGCAUGGAAAUUUAGAAAGAGAUUUUGAUGAAUUAACUGGUCAGUUGGAGAAAACACAGGACUUAUUACGAUAUACAGAAGAGAAACUGUCCGAGACGGAGAGCGAGACCCAAGAUCUAAACCGUAAAAUCAAUCUUUUAGAAUCGGAUCUUACCCGAUCAGAAGGUUUAUUAGAAGAGAAAAGAGUACAAGCCGAGGAUGAUUCUACAAAGCUUCAAUCAGCUGAAAGCAGGGCGUUAGAGGCUGAACGAAAUGUCGAAAAACUUGAGAAUGAUAUCGACAAACUUACAAAAGAACUCGGAGAUGAACAGGCGAAAUAUAAAACUAUGUGUGAUGAUUUAGAAGAGGCCUGCAACCAAAUGGUUGAUUAAAACCGGGAAAACGAAGAAAAAUGA